AUGUACCUGGAGGAAGACAACAGAGAAAAGAAGGAUAGUGGCGGUGCCGCUGUUAUUAUCCUCAUUCUGUCUGCAGCGUUCCCGUACCCUCUGUCCCCCUCCGGUUGCAGCUGCACCGCCUCCCCCUCAACUUCUCCACCGAAAGCCGGCUACAGCCGUCAUUGUGGAAGGCUUCUCCGGUCACUUAAUUUGUUGGUGCUGUCAUUAGUGAGGAGCGAGGAAGAUCAGUUUGCUCUCAACGCGACAGAAAAACUAGCAGGAGAUGAAGAAUUAAAUCUUGAGGGGAAUGGGAAUCAAAGUCAUGAAUCACGGGACGUCAGUCACCAUCCAUUACUUCCUGUGCUGCUAGCGAGAGCAUAUUGUAAUGCGCCAUUUAUUUUAAAGCAGAACUUUAGCAUUAUACGCUCAGAAGGUCACAAUGAUGUGAUCUAUACAAGUCUGGAAUUAAAGAGGAUGUGCCGAGUAUACGCGAAAAAGGCGGUUGUCAUCGACAGAGUGCCGGUCUGUGGUGGAGGCAAAACAAGUGUAGGUGUUGCAGAACGGGAGAAAAGUGAGGAGUGUAAUCUAAAUGUUGGUAUUCCCAGAGCUCUAAAUGCUGUUUUGUGCGCAGGCAAUGUGGGAUUUGGUUGUAGAUUCGGUGUUAAAUUGGUCUUUGAUAAUACGUGUUUGCUACCGAGUAGUAUGGAGAGGAGUGUAGGUGAAGAAAACAGUGAUGCUGAGACAGGUGAUGUUAAAGAAAACAAAUUUGACGGAGAAAGAUUUGAUGAGUUCUGCUGGUGGUGGUGCGGUGUUAUAAGUGUUGAUGCCGUUGUGUCGAAAGUUGCAUUCCCUGUAUCGUACAGAUUAAACGGUGAGGGUUCGGCAGAGGGGCUCCUAGUGGUCGGAAACUGUUCAAAAAGAAGAGGCUUGAGUAAUUCUUCUAGAAGACUAUUCAAAGAAAGAUUAGAACUUCUUGACAGGAGUGUGUUCGGGACACUGCUUGAAGUGGGGGAUGUUAUGGAAGUGCCAGAGAAAGCUGUAAAAAGUUGCUCGAUGGGACUGAAUGUGUCAAUUCUCAAAACUCGGAGCAGUUGGACAAAGGUGGAACCUCGAUUGGUAAGAGUUAACAUGGUUGGCGUUGUAUACUUCUGUAUUCCUGCCUUGGGUUGA